AUGACAGAUACCGAUGAACCACAAAUAUUUAAGAAACGCUAUAAGAUUGUUAAGAAACUAGGAGCAGGAAAUUUUGGUGUAGCUUAUCUUGUUACUGAUCGGCAAGUAUACAAUGAAUCAAAAGUGCUUAAAGUAGUUCGAUUAGGUGAUAUGGAACCUGAACAAACUGUCGAUUCUGUUCGUGAAGCGGAAUUACUGUCAAAAUUACAGAAUGAGCAUAUUGUUAAGUUCUAUGAAAGUUUUCUUGAAAAUGAUUGUUUGUGUAUCGUUACUGAAUACUGUGAAGGCGGUGAUCUAGAUCAAAAAUUUAAAGAACUAAAGAAGAAAAAUCAGAUGUUACCGGAAGAUCAAGUCGUUGAAUGGCUUAUUCAAAUCUUAAUUGCUGCACAGUAUAUGCAUAAAUCAAGAAUUCUACAUCGAGAUUUAAAAGCUCGGAAUAUUUUUCUUAAAUCCAACAAAGUGAAAAUUGGAGACUUUGGUAUCAGUCGGAUUUUAAUUGGCACAAUGGACGUCGCAAGUACAUUCACUGGAACACCAUACUAUAUGUCACCGGAGGUGAUGAAACACGAUGGAUAUGAAUCGAAAUCAGAUAUUUGGUCCGUUGGCUGUUUGUUAUAUGAAAUGUGUACCUAUCAGCAUGCCUUCGAUGGGAAAGGUCUCAUGAAUGUGAUAUAUAAAGUUGUUGAAGGACAACCACCGAAUCUGCCGACUACAUAUACAAAAGAGCUAAAUGAUAUUUUGCAAAAAAUGUUUACUAAAGAUCCAAAGCAACGCCCAAGUGCUGCGGAUUUACUUAAUCAUCCGUAUAUUCUUGAACAUCGUCAGAGAAUCCAGAUGAAUGUGCCUCUGGAAACUACUAUCAGCGGUAAUCAUCGUGCCAGAGACCUUCACACACGUUUUCAAACUGCGAUGAACUACGGUGAUAUGAAAAAGCAAAACUGGUCCCUAAGUGGACAAAACCAGAUAAUCAAUGACAAUGCAUAUACUUCAAAUAAUAAUAACGUCGAUGACGAUGAUGAUGACGUGCAACUCGGCAAUAAUACAUUCUAUAAACGUAAUGUAAAGACAGAAGAAGUGUACAAAGACGAUGAUGAUGAACAAACUGUCAGAGCAGCUCAGACACAAAAGACACCUAAAGAAACUAUGAUAGAACGCAGAUUACACGCAGCUGAUGAACGUGCACAAAUCUUAGCUCAGGUAAAUCGAAGGAAUACAUUAGAAGCGGCUCAAAAUCGACAAUUGAUGCGUGAGAGUACCAUUGUCGGAACUAUGAAACAACCAUGGCCAUCGACAUCGGAGACGGACAUGAAAGAGCGAACUCGCGCAAGAUUGGGACAGACAUUCAAUAAUCGAACUUAUGAUUCUAAUCAAUUUUCCAACGAAGAAACGUACACUGUUCGUAGUAAUAUUGAACAUUCUUCAACAUUUCGGAAGCCUAUUCGUACGUAUAAUGACGAUCGACCAAUAACACCAAUGCGUGGUACUUAUCGGCAAAUCGCUGAUAAGUUUGGUGAUGAAGACGGAUUACCCAGCGAUCCGAAUUUAACCAAUCAGUACUACGAAGUUUAUAAUGAUUUCGAAAAGGAAGAUGAUUACAGUCCAACGCGUGAAAAACUAGAAACAGACUUUCAAGAACAAGUGUGUCGUAGUUUCAAUGGUCUGAAUACGACCUUACAGAGUCAACGAUCUCUCUCUGCAUCUCAACGUUCAACUAUCAAUUCACUGAGUCGAACCAUCGAUCCACACUAUGCUCAUAAUCCUACUCGACCAUCGAAAUAUCUCACGUCAUCGAAAACGAUGGUUAAUUCAACAAAAAAGCGCAGAAUUCCAUCAAGUUCUAUACUCGACGAAAAUAACACGACACUAAAAGAUAAUCCAACUCACGAUGCAUUUGGUCCACUCGCGCGAAGCAAGAAAAUAAGUUCUCUAAGAGCGAAAGCGAUCCAAGACCUAGGUAAUGAUACAUACGAGAAAGUUCAUGACUAUCUAGUACAACAACGCACUCGCCAACGCAUAGAUACAACACUAGAUGACGGACAAAUAACUCAAGGUCUAACAGCAUUUGUUAAAAAGCCCAGUGAUUGUUUUGUUGUUGAUCAACUUGUAUUUCUCGAAUUAGUUUAA